ACAACAUGUUAACAUGUCUAUUCAUUUAGCCUUGUAUUAUAUUGUAUUAUUUGAAUAUGUUGCUUACAUUUUCCUUAUUUUCUAGAAAUGUCUAGAGCUCAUAAUGUCAGUGCUGUGGCUCAGACUGGAAGUCAUAUUACCGCACCUAUACUCACUUCUAAUACAAUAACAGGCGAUGUUUACAUAACACAUAAUGCUUCUGGUAUUAGUAUGUAUCACCAAGACUCUGUGAAAACACAACCAUCAGCAAACUCAGUGAUUUGCAAGUAUAAAAAGCUGAUUUGCAUUGAGUACCAGCAUGUUACAGAGUAUAACUCACUGCCUGGUGAAAAUGUGCUGCUGUGUGAGCGCUACACUGAACCUCUGAUCAUUCAAAGACAUAGAGAUAAAAAAGAAAGAGAAGAGGAGAUCAUCUCAAAAGGAGAAAGUUUCCAGAAGGUCUUCAGCUCCAGGAGCAGUCAUGAAUUUGUCCUGAACUCUCUGUUUCACACAGAUGACCAUGGGAUCACUCCUAGAGCUGUCAUACUGCACGGAAACUCUGGGAAUGGAAAAUCUUUUGUUGUGCAGAAGAUCAUGAUGGACUGGGCAUCUGGUAACCUCUACAAAGAUCAAUUUGAUGUUGUGUUUCACUUGAAGUGUAAAGAAAUUAACUGCAUUUCAGAUGAAAAGAGUUUGUUGGAGCUCUUGAGCUGGAGUUGUGGUUUAACUUCAGAUGAGAUCUCACAGAUGCUCCAGCGGUCAUCAGAGAGAGUGCUCUUCAUUAUUGAUGGGUUUGAUGAACUCAGACUCCCACAGGACGAUAAUAACGUGACAUCACCCACAGAUCCAGACCAGAGAUGCACACCUGUGCUCACACUUUGUGCCCUGCUGAGAGGACAUCUCCAGGUGAACUCCUUCCUCUUGGUCACCAGCAGAUCAACAGCUACAGACACUUUAAGCAAACUGCUCAAGAAACCUCAGCGUUUCACUGAGAUUAUGGGCUUCUCUGAAAGGGGGGUGGAGGAGUAUUUCCAGAAGUUCUUUCAGAAUGAGGAACUCUUCAGGAAUGCUUAUAUGUUUGUGAAGGACAAUGAAACCCUGUUCACUGCCUGCUCCAUUCCUGUUAUCUGCUGGAUCAUCUGCACAGUUAUUAAAGAAAAACUCAGUGAUGGUGCAGAUAUAACAAGCGGUCUGGAAACAACCACAUCCAUAUAUGUUGACUUUGUGUUGACUUUACUGGAGCAUCACAGUCAGAGUUUGAAUCAAUCUGUGCCAAACCUGCUGAUGAGUCUGGGUCAACUGGCAGAGAGAGGGAUGCUUAAACAACAAGUCCUGUUUGAUGAGAAAAUUAUGAAUGAAACAGUGCAAGAUCCUGCAUGCUGUCCAUUUCUGUGCAAGUUCCUCUUUAAAAGAAGAAUUCAGCAGGAGACAAUGUUCAGCUUCAUGCAUCUCAGCUUUCAGGAGUUCUUCACUGCUCUGUACUAUGUCUGUCUGGAUAAAGACCAGUCCAUGAUGAAACUUACCAAUCUAUGUUCCAUUAGUGAAAAACAAGAUGGAUUUUUUUUUAAGCCACCACGUUUUUCAGAUGUGGUGAAGUUUGCUUUUGGUCUAUUUAAUAAGGACUUGCAAUGCACACUUAUGAAACAUGGUCUGUCUGUUCAUCAAAACGAAGAGACCCAUCUGAAAAAAUGGUUCAUAAAUGAGAUUCAUGAUAUUGAUAUUUGUAGAGGGUCAUAUAUGUUUAACUAUCUUUAUGAACUGCAUGAAAAGAGCUUUGCGGAAGAAGCUAUGCAGACCUGGAAUAACAUUUAUAUAUAUAAUACAAUCUUAAGAAGAACAGACUGUUGGGCCUUGAAGUACUGCGCUCAGUGCUGCCACAGCGUCGGAUCACUCAGUCUUAGUUAUUGCAAGUUAACACCUGACAAGUUGUCUAUAAUUCUGCCUGUAGUCCACAAGUUUAAGAGUUUAAGGUAAGUAAUUAAACAGUUCUUUAGUGGAUACAUAGGGGGUUGCAUUCAAAGGGGUCAUAUGAUGGUUAACUUUAUUUUGGGUAUCUGGCUUAAUACAGUGUGUUAACAUGAUGUAAGAUAUAAAACACAAUUU